AGGGAAGAGCCCCCGAUCAAAUCUCGCCCGCGCUGUCAGUCUCAGCUUCCUUUCCAACGCUCUGCUUCCUUUCUCUCCCGCCGCUUCCCGUGCGCCUCGUGAGUCGUCGUGAUACAAGGUGUAGGUAAGGAUCGAUCGCCGAUUAGCCGCCGCACCUAUCGCCUCUCCCGCGCGGCCCGCCCACCCCCAUGGAGUCGUGGCGGAGGCGGACGCUGCUCAAGGUCAUCGUCCUCGGCGACAGCGGGGUCGGCAAGACGUCGCUGAUGAAUCAAUACGUGAGCAAGAAGUUCAGCCAGCAGUACAAGGCGACGAUCGGUGCCGAUUUCCUCACCAAGGAGGUGCUCAUUGGCGACAGGCUCGUCACCUUGCAGAUAUGGGACACGGCGGGACAGGAGAGGUUCCAGAGUCUUGGCGUGGCGUUCUACAGGGGUGCCGAUUGCUGUGUGCUGGUUUAUGAUGUCAAUGUCAAGAGAAGCUUUAAUACGCUCGAUACCUGGCAUGAUGAGUUCCUCAAUCAAGCUGGCCCAUCGGAUCCUCAGCGCUUUCCGUUCAUUUUGGUCGGGAACAAGAUUGAUUUAGAUGGCGGGAGCAAACGGAUGGUUCCGGAGAAGAAAGCGAGGGAAUGGUGCGCCUCCAAGGGCGAUAUUCCAUACUUCGAGACCUCUGCGAAGGAGGACCACAACGUCGACACUGCUUUCCUAUGCAUCGCCAGGCUCGCCUUGGAGCAUGAGCAUGACCAAGACAUUUACUUCAAGACAGUUGCGGAACAAGUCCCGGACACUGAACAGACAAGCGGAUGUGCUUGCUAGGAGUCAGCCAUUUCCUGGAAGGCUGGAACUACGUGGAUGUUACUGUAUACAAUAAGCUCACAGACCUGAUGACAGCUGUUUAACAAGCUUUUGUGUAAUUGUGUAGCCAUUCUUAAUUUUAAUUAUGGCAUCAGGGGCUGUGCUAUUCGUCUGAUACCUAGAACACAGAUGGGGGGCGUUUGCAAGCUCUGCUUGCGCCUUCUCUCCUAGCAUGGACAAUAAGAACCACACCUGGCCUUGCAGAACAGAACAUAUAUAUACUUCUGGGUAAAGACAUGUGUAGUGAUGGAACUCCAUGUCGGUUGUGAUCUACAAAUCCAUGCUUAAACAUUCAGUUAAGUACUCUAAAGCCUAAACACGG